AUGGCAGCUGAAAAAAAGCUAACUGAAAAAGAUUAUGGUUUUCCAUUUUAUUAUCCUACUAUUCAUGAUUUAUUAGGUGCAGCAUCAUUUAAUAAUCCAUUUAAUCCACCUCUUGAUCUUAAUAACUCUGAUAGUAUUCGAACGACAUCAACCUCUAGUACGAAUAAAACGAAAACCACUGGUGAUACAACAUUUUGGGAUGAUGUUAGACCAUUAUUUUUACAAUGUAAUGUAAGAUGCAUGUUAGCUCAAACUAGUUCACCUGCUUUUACCAUUCCUCUUGACCUUAGCAAUGCAGAUAGUGUUCGUUACUACGCUAAAAGAAUUGAAGAUAAACUCGUAACACGUCAAAUGCCACCAAAUGAUCCAUGGUCUGAUGAUAAAAUUCAAAUUUAUAAGAAUUGGGAAGCAGGACUUUAUUUGGAAGGGCCUACGAAAUCACCACCAUUCCCUUCACCUAUAGUACCAUUUUAUCCUAAUCCAAAACCAAAUGAUGUCGAUAUUAACUUUGACGAUCAUAUUAGUCCAAUGUUUACAACAUGUAAUCAAUGGUGUAUGAAGGAUAAAAAAGGGUUUGAUCUGAAAGAUUUUGAUACUGUAAAUAAUCUUAAAAAAACAAUUUAUGAAAGACUUAUUGCAGCAGAUGGACAUGAAAUGCCACCUGGUAAUCGAUGGCCUCAAAAGAAUGUUGAUUUAUUUGCAACCUGGGCGAAACAAACACCUAAACCUAAGGAAAAUCAAUUUAGUGAUGAUGUUACAAUUGGAACUGAAAUACCUGAUGAUCCACUAAAAAAAACUUAA